AUGAUGAGGAGAUCCUUUGCGAUUGCGAUUACGGCCAACAGAUUUGUUCAUCAGAGUCUUCUGGGGAAAGGUAAUCCUGGAACUGCUUCUCUCUCGGUUUCCCUUUGCGGUUUGCGUUGCUGGGAACGAGCUUUCUCUGGUCUCGGUUAUGAUUAUAGAGAGGAAUUGAGAAAUGGGUUAGUCGAGGAUUUUAAGUUAGAGGAUGCAAUUGGUUUGUUCAGUGAAAUGGUAAAGUCUCGUCCUUUGCCUUCCAUUGUCGAUUUCAGUAAAUUGUUGAGUGCCAUUGCAAAGAUGAAGAAGUAUGAUGUUGUGAUAUCUCUGGGAGAGCAGAUGGAAAAGCUGGGAAUUGCACAUAAUCAUUAUACUUACAGUAUUCUGAUAAACUGUUUCUGCCGCUCCUCUCAACUCUCUCUUGCUUUAGCUCUUCUUGGGAAGAUGUUGAAACUUGGAUAUGAGCCCAGCAUUGUCACGUUUAACUCGCUGCUCAAUGGUUUCUGUCAUGGGAAUAGGAUCUCGGAUGCUGUAACUUUGCUUGAUCAAAUGGUUGAAAUGGGAUAUAAACCAGAUGUGCUUACUUAUGGUGCGUUAGUAAAUGGAGUGUGCAAGAGAGGUGACACUGACUUGGCUUUAAAUCUGCUCAAGAAGAUGGAAGCAGAGAAAAUAGAGGCUGGUGUUGUGAUCUACAGCACAGUCAUUGAUGGUCUUUGCAAAUACAAGCAUCCGGAUGAUGCACUUGAGUUAUUCAAUGAGAUGGUGAAAAAAGGUGUUAGACCAGAUGUUGUUACCUACAGCUCCCUGAUAAGUUGCCUUUGUAAACAUGGAAGAUGGAGUGAUGCCUCUCGACUACUGAGUGAAAUGAUUAAGAGGAAAAUCAACCCCGAUGUUUUUACGGUCAAUUCAUUGAUAGAUGGGUUUGUGAAAGAGGGCAAGCUUUGGGAAGCUGAAAAACUGUACGAGAUGAUGAUUUAUAGGUCUAUAGAUCCUAAUAUUGUCACAUACGGUUCACUGAUCAAUGGGUUUUGUAGGCAGAGUCGCCUAGAAGAGGCCAAGCAGAUGUUUGAUUUGAUGGUUAGCAAUGGUUGUCUCCCAAACGUUGAGACAUAUAAUACUCUCAUAAAUGGAUUUUGCAAGUCUAAAAGGGUUGAAGAUACCAUGGAACUCUUUCGUGUGAUGUCUCAAAGAGGUUUGGUUGGCGAUACAAUCACUUACAACACUCUAAUCCAAGGGUUUUUCCAAGCUGGAGACUGUGAGAAUGUCCAACAAGUUCUCACAGAGAUGGUUUCUAGCGGUGUACCUCCUGAUAGUUGGACAUACAGCAUUUUGUUAGAUGGGCUUUGUAAAAACGGGGAGCUCGAGAAAGCAUUGGUCAUAUUCCAGCAUCUGCAAAAGAGUGAAAUGGAACCUGAUUUAUUCACUUAUAAUAUUGUCAUUCAAGGGAUGUGCAAGGCUGGGAAGGUUGAAGAUGCGUGGAAGUUAUUCUGUAGCCUCAGUCGUAAAGGAGCAGAGCCUAAUGUUGUGACAUACACUACAAUGAUCUCGGGAUUGUGUAGUAAACGCCUACUUCAGGAAGCAUAUGCCUUGUUCAGAAAAAUGAAAGAAGACGGUCCUCUCCCAAAUGACGUUACGUAUAAUACGCUAAUCCGGGGAUAUCUCAGAGACGGUGACAAAACCACAGCAGCAGAACUCAUCAACGAAAUGAAGAGCUUCGGGUUUGCUGCAGAUGCUUCAACCGUUGGCUUGGUCACUAAAAUGCUACAUCAUGGGAGAUUGGAAAAAAGCUAUAUGGACCUGCUUUCUUAA